GGGGGUCCAGCUGAGUCCUCCCUCCCCCCUCUCCCCUCCCCUGGCCUCUGCCAGCCUCAUCCCUGCUCCUGUGUCCCGCGCAGCACGAUGGCUCCCGCAGCACCAGAGGCUGAGAAGGGCUCUCCCUUCGUGGUGGGGCUGCUGGUCGUGGGCAACAUCGUCAUUCUGCUGUCAGGCCUGGCCCUGUUCGCCGAGACGGUGUGGGUGACGGCCGACCAGUACCGCGUGUACCCGCUGAUGGGCGUCUCGGGCAAGGACGACGUCUUCGCCGGCGCCUGGAUUGCCAUCUUCUGCGGCUUCUCCUUCUUCGUGGUGGCCAGCUUCGGCGUGGGCGCAGCGCUGUGCCGCCGCCGCUCCAUGGUCCUCACGUACCUGCUGCUCAUGCUGGUCGUCUACAUCUUCGAGUGCGCCUCCUGCAUCACGUCCUACACGCACCGUGACUACAUGGUGUCCAACCCGUCCCUGAUCACCAGGCAGAUGCUGACCUUCUACAGUGCGGACAGCGACCAGGGCCGGGAGCUCACCCGCCUCUGGGACCGCGUCAUGAUGGAGCAAGAAUGCUGCGGCACCUCCGGCCCCAUGGACUGGGUGAACUUCACAUCAACCUUCCGGGCGGCCACUCCGGAGGUGGCGUUCCCCUGGCCCCCACUGUGCUGUCGCCGGACCGGAAACUUCAUCCCCAUCAACGAAGAGGGCUGCCGCCUGGGCCACGUGGACUACCUGUUCACCAAGGGCUGCUUCGAGCACAUCGGCCACGCCAUCGACAGCUACACAUGGGGCAUCUCCUGGUUUGGCUUCGCCAUCCUGAUGUGGACGCUUCCGGUGAUGCUGAUAGCCAUGUAUUUCUACACCACGCUCUGAGGAGCAGGAAGGGAAGGCCACGGUCACAGGUUUCUGAGCCCUGCUGGGCCUUGCGUGAGUCCUGAAAGCCAAGGACUGGUGUGCGUGGAUUCUUAGCUCUGAGCCUCGUUUCACUGGGCUGGUUCCUGGCCCAUCUUUCAGGUCCUGUCCUCAGGGGACCCUUCCCCGACCCCCAACCCAUUCACAGAUGCCUCCGUGUAGCUCCCUGAGGCCUCCCUCAUGGCUUGUGAUUGUCUGUGUAAGCUCUGGUGGACUGGGAUUGCCAUGAGAGGAGAGACAAGUUCUGUCAUGGUCACUUCACUGUCCCCAUCAUUGCCCAGCACAGACCAUAUAAUCAAUAAACACCGAUUGAUUGAACGAAUGAAUGAAUUUGUUUUCCUCCGGGUCAAGGGUGAACGAACAAGAACU